CAGAGCCGGGCUCUGAGCCUCCCUGAGCAGACGGAGCCGAGCCUCCCGGACAGGAGGUGCUUUUGAAAUUCCCAGCCAGUGGCGGACCACCCUCCCGCCCAGUCCCACCCUCCUCCUCCACCUGCCCCGCAGGCCUCCGCCCCUCCUCCAGCUGGGUGCGCUCCAACCAGAUGGCUGAUAAGCAGAUCAGCCUGCCUGCCAAGCUCGUCAAUGGCGGCAUCGCGGGGCUGAUCGGGGUCACCUGCGUGUUCCCCAUCGACCUGGCCAAGACAAGGCUGCAGAACCAGCAGAAUGGCCAGCGGAUGUACAGCAGCAUGUCCGACUGCCUCAUCAAGACCAUCCGCUCAGAGGGUUACUUCGGCAUGUACCGUGGAGCCGCCGUGAACCUGACCCUCGUCACGCCGGAGAAGGCCAUCAAGCUGGCCGCCAACGACUUCUUCCGAUAUCAGCUCUCCAAGGACGGGCAGAAGCUGACCCUGUUCAAGGAGAUGCUGGCGGGCUGCGGGGCCGGCACCUGCCAGGUGAUCGUCACCACCCCCAUGGAGAUGCUGAAGAUCCAGCUUCAGGACGCAGGCCGCAUCGCCGCCCAGAAAAAGAUACUGGCUGCCCAGGCUCAGCUCUCAGCACGGGGGGGCGCCCAGCCCUCGGUGGAGGCGCCGGCCCCGCCCCGGCCCACGGCCACCCAGCUCACCCGGGACCUGCUCCGGACCCAUGGCAUCGCCGGCCUCUACAAGGGCUUGGGGGCCACACUGCUCAGGGACGUCCCCUUCUCCAUCGUCUACUUCCCCCUCUUUGCCAACCUGAACCAGCUGGGCCAGCCGGCCUCCGGGGAGAAGUCCCCUUUCUACGUGUCCUUCCUGGCGGGCUGCGUGGCUGGGAGUGCGGCCGCCGUGGCCGUCAACCCCUGUGAUGUUGUGAAGACGCGGCUCCAGUCCCUCCAGCGCGGGGUCAAUGAGGACACCUACUCGGGGUUCCUGGACUGUGCCAGGAAGAUCCUGCGGAACGAGGGUCCCUCAGCCUUCUUGAAGGGCGCCUACUGCCGUGCCCUGGUCAUCGCCCCGCUGUUUGGCAUCGCGCAGGUGGUCUACUUCCUGGGCAUCGCCGAGACCCUGCUGGGGCUGCUGCAGCACCCCCAGCCCUGAGCCCGGGCCCUCCGCGCCCGCACCGAGCAGGACCAGAGUGGGGCUGAGGCCGGGCAGCCUGCCCAGGAUGGAGCCAGGGAAGGUCUCCCUCGCCGCCCCCGGCCCGGACGGCGGGGGGGGGGCGGGCAGCGGGCAGAGGAAGGGGUGCAGGGCCCCCACACGCGGACACCGAGGGGUCCUGCCUGCACAACCACUGGGAUCAAUGGGUGUUAUUUAUGUAGAAACCACAGAAACCUUUACAUUCCUGGGGCCCGCGCUGCUCCAGCUCCAGCCUGGCCCGGACACCCCAGGGACAGAGCUGGUCUCUGAGCUGGGGGCUCCCCCCAGGCGUGGGCUGGGCAAGGUGGACCUUUCCCUCCAGGCCGCCGGCCCGCCCCCGGGGCGUGGCCCCGAGUCCACAGAGGGGACCCUGCACAAACCUAUUUAUUAACUCGCUGAGCACGAGUGGCUCUGCCCAGCCUCCCGCUGCUGCUCUUCUCUCCUUGGCCAGCCUUGCAGGGGCAUCGGGGUCUCCUGCCCCCCCAUCUUGAGUCAGGGAUCCCAGGUGGGGCGUCUGACUCCCAGGGAGCCCCCACCCCAGCUGUUGGACCCAGCAGUCCUCCUUGGGGGCCCCUGCCCCACCCCAGGCUGGGGGCCCAGAGCAUUUGCACAUGCGAGUGCUUUGUGGAACUGGUUGUGGCCUUCAGCUGGCCUGGCCCCUCUGACAUGGGGCUGAGGGGGGCGGGGGGCUGCUGCCCGCCCUUCCCACGUGGCCAGGCAGCCUGUGUGUGUGUGUGUGUGUGUGUGUGUGUGUGUGUGUGCGCGCGCGCGCGCGCCAGUGCACGUGUGCACUCUAGGCUCCCCACUGACCCUGCCAGGAAACUUGGUUUAGUCUGGCUCCUUUCCUGAGACUGGCACCGCGGGUCUGCUGUUGGCCAGGGGAAGGGCGAGCAUGAAGACCAGUAGGGAGCCUGGGCACCUGCUCUGCUCGCGGGGGUGCGGGGCCAGGAGCUGCCUCUUCAGAGUCCACCCUGCUCGCUGGCCCUCUGCUCAAAGCCCCUGACCACACUCCGCGCUGCGCCCUCCCGACCUCCAGGCCCAUCCGUGUGAACUGAGGCAGGCUCCGCUGCCCUGCCCGCCCCACCCCCACCCUGCCACGUGAUCGUGUUGGUGACUGGUCCUGACGUGCUGGUGCUGUGUCCCUGUGUCCCCGUCCCAGGCCUCUGAGGAGGCCCCUUCCCAGUGACACUACCUGGGGCUAAGGCCUAGCCCCCAGCUCACGGUUGUCCCCAUCACAUCUGUACCCCUGGAAGCUGCUGCUGCUGCUUACAGAUUUAUAUUUUUUUCCUUUGGAGGAGUUUGAAGAAGUGACUUUUUGUGUCUUGUCAUG